AUGAAGGGAUUUAUCUCUACACUUAUUAUGUGCACUGCGGCACUUGUAGCUGCUGAUACUUGGGGAGGAUCUUAUUCGCUUGGUCCUGCAAAGACCAAUAUCAUUGAGAUGACAACUACCCUUACCCUGGAGUUGCGCCAUCUACUCAGACUGGCAUGCUUUUCCUUUGGUCAGUUCUUAUUCUGGGUUAGCCAUAUGCCCGGAAUUUCCAAUGGCACUGGUGACCUUGUACAGACCACCUUGGAGCAAUGGCCCGAUAACAGCUGGUGUGGUGCCGGAAAGGGCGAGUGGUGCGUUCGCGCCUCCGUGUUCGGCUGGUUUGGCCAGCGUGAUGGACCUUCUGCCGUCGUCAAACCUACCGAUGCCGUGACUAUGAACUACAAACUCGGAUCCAACAAGAUGACCUGGACUCAAACCGUCACAAUCAAUAAUAAAGUUGUCUCUACGCUCACCUCUGAUUCUGGACCAUACAUGAAGGGCUGGGGCACUGGUACCGAAUGUAACGGCGGAUGCACUGGCACCAUCUCUGCCCAGAAGUAUACCAACACGGUCAUCACCCUCGAUGCUGCCGACCCCAACUUUGGCAAGACGGCUGCCUCUGCUGGUGGAGCUACCGCUACCGGAUUGACCAGCGAACAGGGAGGCAAAAUCUGGAAAAUCGCUACUAUCAACGUCCCGAAAAUGGGUUAG